AUGGAGAGCCCUCCCGUGGACCCGGCCUCGAUGGACCCUGGCCCUGAUGCUGAUCUCCAUGAUCGUCUCCUGCCUGUUCCCUCCUCAGUGCCCUUGCCGAUCCGCUCCUGGACUCCUGGACCCCCAGGACCCUCCGGAAACGACGGCCAGCCCGGUGCCCCCGGAAACCCCGGCUCCGAUGGUGCCCCCGGACCCCAAGGACCCGCUGGAGCUCCCGGAAACCCCGGAGGCCCCGGACAGCCCGGACAACGCGGAGCACCCGGAGAGCCCGGCACUCUUGUCCCCGGAAACGGUGGACCCCCCGGACCCCCUGGACAACCCGGACGCUCUGGAUCUCCCGGACAGCCCGGACGCCCUGGUGGCCCCGGAAAGGACGGAUUCCCCGGUGGACCUGGAGCUCCUGGAGAGCCUGGGCAGCGUGGACCCCCUGGACCUCCUGGACCAUCUGGAGGACCCGGCGGAAAUGGACAGCCUGGUGCUCCUGGAUCUUGCGAUCACUGCCCCCCGGCUCGUCUUGCCCCUGGAUAU